AUGCCCCCUUCGGAUCCUCUGAGACACACCUUCGCUGUGCUUCCUUUGAUGAAAUCCGAAGUUCAUCCUAGUCCGUCAGGUCUGGCAUCAGAGCCAAGCAGCCCUGCCUAUGCAGCGGUUUACCGGCAUACUUUUGGCAAACACAAACACAAGACGCUGCAAGAGAUCGAGGCAUGUGAUCUGCCCUACAUAGAAUGGUUGCGAGGUAGCUAUAUGGCAAAGAACUCUAGGGAUUUGCAGAAAGCUCUGCAAGCAUAUGACGCGGCUAAAUUUCCACGAUCCCCAGCGAGUCUGCCCCAUAUGACCGAGUCACAAGCCUCUCCUGCCUCCCAGAAGAGCGCAGCUGGAAACAAGCGGAAAAUGCAACCCCAGAGCGACGAACAGCCUCGCAAGAAAUAUGUUCUUGAUUUUGGGUUGAACCGUGGCAGAGCCUUGUCCGAUGUUCCCGACGAAUAUGUUGAGAAUCUCCGAGAGCGUAUUCGAAGCGGGACCUUCACGCCAAAGCCGGCACUCGUCGCUGCCUUGAAGGACCAUAAACCAUCCAAGGCCGCCUUCAAGCCUACUUGGACGCCACCCGAGCUUUCCCAGGCCUCGCCGGUAUUCCAAGACGACACAUUUGGCGACUUGUGGAUAGGAUACGUGGAUGCUCAGAGGUUCUUCGGGCUGAAUUCGGAUCACUUCGUUUUGUUGCCGUACGCGGAUCCUCCAAGGUUCUUCGGGCUGAAAUCGGAUCACUUCGCUGUAUUGCCGAGGGCAGAGGCAAGCAAAAGCUCGAACUUUAAGGGCAAAUACUGGCUGUAUCACGUCUAUGAUAUCUUCAUGUGGCAUGUUUCGAAGGAUGCCGCUGACAAAGCACUCAAAGCCUUUCUCGCGUGUUACCAAGAUCGAGUAGAGGAUGUCUGGGCCAGCAUGGGGCUUGGUGCGGGGCUUUGUUAA